CUGGAGGAGCGAAAUACGAAUAAAAUCUGGUUCAACUUCAAGAGUUCUUCGAGUUAUUUGGUAAUUUUUAUAAAACCAAGGGUUUGUGAGAAAGGAAUUAUGAUAUAUGAGUUAUGAAUAUGUGAUGUUAUAGAACCUUCAAGAAAUAAAUACUCCUACAGACCAAAAGACUUAGAUGAUUGUUUUGCCCAGUGAAUUGACUUUGAUAAAAAUUGUUAAUUAAUAAUAAUUAAAAAUGACAGAGUGUCCAACUGGUUGUUUAUUAGAUUUAUCUGAACCAUCAGAGGUUGAUAUCAACUUGUACGAUGAAAAUGAAAAUUUUGAUAAAGAAAAUUCUAUACCUGUGAUAGAUUCUAUAGAAUUGGCUAGAAGUGAUGAUAGUGAUAGGAGAAAUAGUGUAACAAUCUGUAAAUCAUUAGAUAUAGAUGAUAGAAUAUUUAAUGAUGUCACAGAUAAAACUCUUACUAAUAAUACUUGUAUACUCGAUCCUCAUAAUCUACCUAGUCCCGACGAUAUGUGGUUAGAAAAAGAAACUUUCGAUUUUGAUCUGGUUCUGUCACCACCUGAAAGUAAAAAAGAUGAAUUACAAGAUGAGGAAGAGAUUUUCUUUGGACCAAUGGGAUUCACGGAAAGAUGUGUGGCUGCUGUAGUUGCCAGGCAAACUCCUGUUAAACCCAUGAGUCCCUUAAAUCCCCAACAACUGGCCGAAGUAAUUAAAGAGGCCCAUGGAGUGUCGUGCCUUUUUACAAAUAUGAAAUCAGGGGGUUCAAGUUCAGAUGAUGGGAAAUCUCCACAAAAAAAGCUAAUAUCCACACGAUUAUUUUCAAAAAGUCCCAGACAUACUAAGAAUAGAACUUUUUCCAUAGAAAAAGAUGUUGAGAACAUUUCCCCACCAGAAGCUAAUAAUCACGUACGUCAAGAUACAUUCACAAAAGAAACUGAAGUGACAAAGCUUGCAGAACAAGUUAUAAAACGUCGAUCAAUUAAAGCACCCGUCAGAGAUUUAUCUGCCACUCGCUCUUCUACACUUAAUAAAACGAAAGAAGAAAAUUCAUCAAAUAAACCUGGUCUAAAACCUAAAUUUUCAAGAUUACCAAAAAGUCGGAGUGCUACUAACCUGGCAAAGACUGAAAGUCAGGAAAGUUUAGUGGAUAAUGAAUCAACACGUCAGAGAUAUAAAAGUGGAGAUUCAGAAGCAUCUGAGUCAAGUAUAACCAGUGAUACAAGUGAUAUAUCUCUCAGUAGAUUAUCUUCUUGUAGAAAGAGUUUUACCAGUAAUAUCAAAGCACCAACAUCUACUGGUAAAAGAAUGCAAGCACCAAUGAUAAAACAAAGUUUGACUACUCUAAAUAAAGUUGGUUCCAGUAAACUAACAGUUAAAAACCUUUCACAACAACAGGGCCCGAUAAAACUCAAACACACUCGAACAAAUUCUAACUCAAGUAUGGACUCUGUGUCUUCACAGACUUCAAAUGUAUCAAAUUCAUCGUUCAUGUCCCAAAGUUCAAAUAUCGGAAAACCAAUCAUCAAAUCAAACAUCACAGCACCAGCUAUUAAAGGGACAAUUAAAGCACCUCUAGGAAAAUUUCAGUCAAAAAUGAUGAAACCAGUUAUACAGAAGAAAGUUCCGCCAUCAAGACCAGAGACAAGAAAAUCUUUAAAUGGACCAAUGAAAGUGCCUCAAGCAAUUAAACCAAGUACAUCAAAUAUCAAUAAAUCUUUUGUUGAUAGAAAGACAACCAAAUCUGACAAUACUCCGGUAAAGCAAGAAAAAUCUGUUAAACCCAAAAGACUUUCAACAGCUAUGGGCACUCUUGGAAAAUCUAGUUCUGUGAGUUCAACAGGAUCAUCAGGUUCGAUAACUGAUGGAACACCAACAUCCAGUCGUAAAAGACAUUCAUUAUUACCAACACCAUCCAAAUCCAGACCAAGUUCAUCAGGCUCUAUACCUGCCAGCCCGCUAUCAUAUCGUAGUAGUAACAGUAGUAUAACUAGCAUUAGUUCACGACUUGGGGCAUCUUUAAGUGAUGCAACAGAUUCACCUGUAUUUGAGUUAGAUAAUAAUAAGAAAGCACCUGCUCGAAGACUAGUGAAGGAGUCACCGAGUGUUAUGAAGCCUAAAAAGAACUUGGUACAGAAUACACCAGAUAUUCCUGUCACAAAGCCUUCAAGAUGGUCUCCAAUUGUACGACGAAAAGUUGAUCUUCAAGAACAGGCUAUUCAGUGUACAAAAAGAGCUGCAAAAAAUUGAUCUUUGGAUGGAAAUGCUUGGUAAUUAAUAUAAUAAAAUCUAUAUCAGAUAUAAUUAUGCUAGGACUCAUCCCAAUAUUCGUACUGAUUUUAUGGUAUUCAUUAUUCGAUGUCAAUCAAAACUAGUUUUUGAGGCCUAAUGAUCUAUUUACUGAAAUCAUUUAUGUUCAAAAAUAAGCAAACGGAGAAAGGAAAAUAUAUUGAUUUAAAAAUUUUGAGGUUUCUAGAAAUCUGAAAAUGCACCGAAAACGGUCCAUUAAUUGAAGAUUCCAAUUAUGACUUAGAAUAUAUGAAUAGUAAAAUCAGCAUUCGAUGUAAUUUCUUAGUUAUGCAUUAUUUAUGUUAGAAUUGCAUAAUAUGGGGUGUUUGUAAUAUAAAUAUAUAACAAUAUUUAUACAAUAUAGGUAUAUCUAUGUUUUUGGUGUUGGUAAAAUCCCCAAAAUAGUUCUCUUUGGCAAUUGAAUUGAUUUUGUUGACUAUGCCAAUAAAAUUACGUACUGUAUGCAAUGAAAAAAUAAUAGUCCUGAGUAAAUUUUAGUUGCACUCAUCGUUUCUGUUCCAAGUAUAGAUACAAUUCAUGAAUCACUGUCCGUGUAUUUGUUUCUCAGAUGUAUAAAAAAUGAUAAAUGUAUAUACAGAAGAAAUCAUAAAGUUACAAUGUUUUACUGUGUUUAAUUUAAUUUUGUAUAUUAUCUAAUUGAUGUGAUAUAUUCAAGACAUAAAGUUUUGGAAAAUUGUACAUAAGAUUGUAUGUGUAUACUGCCAGGGUUUUCAUUUAUCUGUACAAAAAUGUUGAAUUUCUGUGUGAUAGUUUUUGGUAUCCCCGCUUCCAUUGAAGAAGCAAUCAUUUUAAUAUGGAAAAAUAUGGGUCAUGAUGCCAGAAAUAAAAAUAAUUGUUUGGAAAUUUUUGGCUGGAAUGAUAUGAUAGUGGAUAUACUAAUGACACACAAGAUCUCAAACUGUCUGAUAAAACAAGUAAAUAGCAAAUGAUAGCUCUGGUAUAUACAUGAAAGAUAUGGAGUCAUAAUUUUGGUAAAUGUAGAGCUAUGUUUUUUUUUAUUGUUUGUAAAAUUAAUCUAAUUCAAUGCACAUCAGAUUUUAAAUUAAACUUUAAUUUGUUAAAUAUUCUGUUUUUGUAAUAGUCCCAAUUAAAUUUCAAUUAAUUCAAAAUUGUAUUUUUUGUAAAAUGACUAUUUUUCAUAGUUCAAAUUAUAGCAAUUUACGUGAAUGAUAAAUAUACUUUGAUAUGAAUUAAAUGUACUUUAAUUUUGUGACAAAUGCUAUUGUAUUCUCCCAAACUUAUUUAUGUGUAGAUUCUAGUGUGAUAAGGAUUAUUAUAUAAUAAUGAUUUAAUAACUACAUGUAGUGCUCAGUAUCUUUAUUUAAAACUAUUAUAAGUAUAUUAUAAUUUGUUUGUGCCAAUAUUCAUUACCAUAUUAUUUGCGAAUAAGAAUACAUAGGUUUGAUCAAAUGAUAAUUUUCUUUUUAUGACUGGGGCGUCCCAUAUUCUUUUUUUUAAAGGCAUUCAUAUGAUACAUAUUACUCUUAAUUUUAGUGCAGUGUAUAGCGAAUUUCAGAAAAUAUAGCCCUAACAUCACAGGGAUCUCAAAGGCACAAAAUGUCUCUUGAAUGCUUGAAGUAGUGACCAGUGAUGUCAUGCUAUCUUUUCUGAAAAUAACUGUGGUAGACAGAAUAUGAUACCCUUUAUCUCUAUAUAUCCCUGUGAGUACAUUGUUCUUAAUGGAGUACAGAAUUUCAGUGAGUAGACGAAAUCACCAUUUGUAAAAUUUAACCUGAUGAUUUGAAGUACUAUAAUGCAAAUUUUCUUCCUAAUUUACAUAAUUAAGGACAUAAUUCCAAAAUGAUUAAUGACUUCAUAAAAUGGAUGUUGUGUUGUUAAAUUGCCUGUUACAAGGUUAGAUGGUUAAAUAAGAUACUUUUAUGGUUUGAACUUCAACCAAAUCUAUGGAAGCAUUUUGUUGUAUUUCUUCACAUUUUUCUUCAGUUUUAAAUUAAAAUUUUAAGAUAUAUUUAAACAUUUGAAAUGUGAGAUAUUGCAAUCCUUUGUUUUAUAUUCAGUAAAUGUGUUAAACUUUCAUUGCCUCUAUCUUGUGAAAAUAAAUUAAUGGUAGAUAUAAACUACUUCAAAAUUA